AUGUACGACCAAUUCGCACAAGGCCUCUUCCCCUUCCCCUCGCAGAGCAUGUUAGAGAUGCAGAAUCCCUCGUGCCUGCUCUAUGGGCCUGGGGAUGUUCGUUUGGAAGAUCGGCCGUUGCCGGCCAUCGAAGACCCGUACGAUGUGAUCAUCCGUAUUGCGUAUGUGGGAGUGUGCGGAAGUGAUGUUCAUUUCUGGCUCCAUGGCGGCGUCAAGAACUUCGUUGCGGAAGACCGGCCCCUGGUGAUGGGCCACGAGGCCUCGGGCAUCGUUCAUGCCGUAGGCCCCGCAGUCACAACUCUGAAACCCGGGGACCCCAUCGCCAUCGAGCCUGGCUCUGCCUGUCGACUGUGUAGUCGCUGCAAAGCAGGGAAAUACAACCUCUGUCCGCAAAUGAGUUUCGCAGCAAAUCCGCCGUACACUCAUGGCGCUUUGACCAAGUACUACAAGAUGCCGGCCGACUGCUGCUACAAGAUCCCGACCAAUCUGACUAAGCCAUUUGGGCUCGACGAAGCAUGUCUAGUUGAGCCCUUGUCCGUCGCAGUUCACGCGGUGCGGCAAGUCGGGGUGCAACCCGGAGACAAGGUGGUGGUUUUUGGCGCAGGGACCAUAGGACUGCUGUCCGCCGCCGUUGCUCGCGAGUUUGGGGCGAGCAUGGUCAUCUCCGUCGAUAUUAGCCGCGAUAAGCUCGACUUUGCCCAUUCGUUUGUCCCCAAUGGGCGGGUAUCGUUCUCGACCGCGAUCCCGAACAGCGCGCUCUCAGCGGAGGAGAACGCUCAGUGUCUGCGUGGCAUGCACCGAGAUUCACAAUUCACCGAGUCGGAUAUUCCUGGAUUUGAUGUCGCCAUCGAAGCGACCGGGGCUGAGCUUUGUAUUCAGAUGGCGAUUCAUUCGUUGCGAGUCGGCGGCCGCUUCGUGCAGAUAGGUCUCGGCAACCGGAAUGUGACUUUUCCGAUCUCAACGGUGUCGGAGAACGAGAUUACGGUCAAAGGCUGUUUCAGAUAUGGGCCUGGAGAUUACAAGAUGGCGCUGGAGCUGGCCCUUACCAGAAAGAUCGAAUUGCACUCACUGAUCACGAAAAUAGUUCCGUUUGAGAAAGUGGUCGAUGCUUGGGAGACUACGAAAAGAGGCGAAGGAAUUAAAACGCUCAUCCGCGGCGUAGGAUUUACCGAUGGGUUUGAUAUUGAAGCCCCCGAAUAUGUGUAA